CGCUAUGUUGGACCGCUUCGUCUUGGUCUACUUAGACAACAUCCUCGUCUAUAGCCGAACUCUAGAGGAGCAUCUCGAGCACCUUCGUUGUGUUCUAGAGACUCUUCGGUCAACCCGGUACAAUGCUAACCGCGACAAAUGCGAGUUUGUCCGGCAAGAGCUUGAAUACUUGGGUCAUUUUGUCUCUCCGGAAGGCAUUCGUCCGUUGGCCAUCCAGGAGUGGCCCGAGCCAAAGAAUGUGACGGACGUCCGAUCCUUCCUCGGCUUGGCCGGUUAUUAUCAGCGUUUCAUCAAGAGUUACUCGAAGAUCGCGGCCAACCUAAGCAAGUUACAAAGCGAGGAGCGGCCUUUUGACUUCGAUGACGAUGCGCGUCAUUCUUUUGAAACACUCAAAGCGGCACUCUUAUCCGCCGAGGUGUUACAUAUUUACGACCCGCUUCUAGCUACGCGCGUCACUACCGAUGCGUCGGGCUAUGGCAUUGGGGCCGUCCUUGAGCAGCACGAUGGCACGGACUGGCACCCGAUCGAGUACUUUAGCAAGAAAGUACCUCCCGUGCGUUCGAUCGACGACGCACGGAAGAAGGAGCUUCUUGCCUUCGUCCACGCCCUCAAGCGUUGGCAACAUUUCCUCCUUGGUCGGAAAGCAUUCCGAUGGGUAACGGAUAACAAUCCAUUGGUAUUCUACAAGUCGCAAGACACGAUGAACAGUACCAUUGCCCGAUGGAUGGCUUUCUUCGACCAGUUUGACUUUUUCCCCGAUCACAUUCCCGGGAAGUCAAACCGUUUUGAGGACGCCCUCUCACGGCGACCGGAUCUUUGCAGCGCAGUCUACUCUACCUUCGAGAUCGACGACGACUUGCGGGAGAGCUUCAUCGGCGGCUAUCAAGCCGACCCCCACUUUCGCGACAAGUACGCGAAUCGCUCCUCUCCGAAUCCGGGCUACCCCAAGGAGAUCGUUUGCGACCGGGACACUCGCUUCCUCUCCGGCUUUUGGGUCGCCCUCGUCAAGCGAUGGGGCUCAUCUUUGAAGCCGAGUUCGGCUCGCCACCCGCAAACCGAUGGUCAAACGGAAAGGGCGCAUCAGACCGCUCAAGUCCUUCUACGCACUCUCAUCCGUCCCGACCAGGUUGAUUGGGUCGAGCGCUUGCCAGACGUUGAGUUGGCUUACAACUCAUCGAUCCAUCCGGCUAUCGGGAUGUCGCCAUUCGAGUUUGAGCAUGGUUCACCCAUCUCAUCGUCGUUGGACGCCACUUUGUCGCGCACAGCCGAGAGCGACGACCAUCUUGCGUUCCUUCGUCACAUGCAAGAGCUUCUUGUCAAGGCACGGGAUGAGAUGUCGAAGACACAAAUACGGAUGAGCCGUCAAGCCAACCGCAAUCGCCUUCCUUGCCCGUUCCGCACCGGCGAUCUGGUUUGGGUCUCCGCCGCGGAGUUCACCCUUGAGCAAGACAUCUCUCGCAAGCUCCUUCCCAAGUGGAUGGGGCCUUGGCGCAUUCUCUCUGCAGUUGGUGAUGAUCCCGAGGGGCCUUCAUUCCGCAUCGCGGUGCCACCUCACUUGCCCGUCCACACGGUGUUCCACUGUUCCAAACUCGCUCCCUUCGUCUCAGCGGAGUCCGACGAGUUUCCCGGUCGACGUACGCAAGCCCUCCUUCCAUGGACGGAUUUCAGGAGGCCGACUACAUCAUCACCGACUGGCGCCAUGGCAACAAGGAAAUAGAGUUUCUACUUCACUUUUCCUACUGCAGCCACAAGGCUGACCGUUGGCUGACGCGUUCGGAACUGCAGGCCACAG